CGUUCGUCCACUCGUUCCUUCCAACAGCCAUGGCUUCCUUCCAAGGAUGCGCUACGGUCCUCAGCGCGAAUAUUCAUACACCAAAAUCACCCCCUCGAACGUUUGGAGGGGACCCGAAGGUGUCGCUUGCUGCGCAAGAUGCCUCGAAGAAUCUCGACUCGAUCCAACGCCUAUUUGUCGCAUCCGAUGCUCGUGACGAUGGAGAGUUACGAGGAGAAAAGCGCCGCAAACUCGACAACGGGGAUGCAAUUCCGGUAAACCAGGUAGAAUUCGAGGACAAUAAGAGUGUCGUUUUGGCCAAAGUGUCGUUUGAUCUGGACUUUGGCACAGCUUCCCAGGACCAGAUGGGCAUAGAAAAUGCCUCGAGCAGCUCCCAGACCUCUAUCGUCGCGUCGUUCGAGACUUUCUAUAAGUCAGAUCCAGACGCUUUCGAGGUACGCUUGUUCAACACGGCCACAGGCGCCGGCGUAGACAUCGUCGCCACCACGCACAACGAUCUCCUUCGCUCAAUAGCACCACACCUGUAUACUGCCGCAUCGCUUGCCACGUCGCGCCACGGAAAAAAGAGUCGACCCGUGACGCGCGCUUCCUUCUGCCGCUGUCUUCUCGUUCCGCCCAGGCAAGACCACAAUAAGUACAGACUCGAGGUCGAGAUCCGGUGGAUGCUGGGGCUGUCGGUGGUGGAGGAGCCAAGCGUGAAGACGAGCUACAUGAAAGAUGACCUACGGCUAUUAUCAAAACACUUUCCCAAUGCGGCAGCUCGGGCGGACACGAAAUGGUCUCUCUCGGAUUUCUACGAAUCGGUACACGUACCGCCAGCCGACCUUCAGGUAUCGCCUCGCAUCCAACAAAGCUUGUCAGAGACGCUAUUGUACCCGUUUCAGCAGAGGGCUGUGGACUGGCUACUGAAACGGGAAGGUGUCGCCUUUUCGUCAACUGGACAGCUGGAGUCUUGCAUUGAGUUAACACCGUCAGCGUCCUUUACGCAAAUGAAGGAUGCGUUCGGAAAACGGUGUGACGUUAGUCAGCUUCGAGGCAUGAUAGUCACGGAUCCAAAUGAAGCCAGGGGUGAUACUCUGCAAUCUCUGAGAGGUGGCAUGCUGGCUGAAGAGAUGGGCUUGGGUAAGACCGUUGAGCUUAUCGCACUCAUGUCUCACCACAAACGAAAUAUGCCUAAUGGAAAUGUGUUCGAUAUACAUACUGGAGCACAUGUCAAGCCCUCUGGCGCUACAUUGAUCAUCACCCCACCAUCUAUUCUUGAGCAGUGGAUAAGCGAAAUCCACACUCAUGCACCAGAGCUCAGGGUCUUGCAUUACAAGGGACUUCUGCCAUCAUCUACAUCUAAAAAUGUUCAUGAUGUGGCAACUGUCGAGAACCUGAUGCGAUACGAUGUCGUACUAACUACUUACAACGUCCUCUCAAAAGAAAUACACUUCGCCACACCCCCACCAGAUCGCUCACUCAGAAAGAAGCCACGUCACGAGCGCCGUAAAAGCCCUCUGAUCGAAAUCUCUUGGUGGAGAGUCUGCUUGGACGAAGCUCAAAUGGUGGAGAGCGGUGUCAGUCAAGCUGCUAGGGUGGCUAGGACAAUCCCUCGUUGCAAUGCCUGGGCUAUAACCGGAACUCCUCUUCGCAAAGAUGUACAGGAUUUGCGCGGUCUUCUGAUAUUUCUCCGUUGCGAUGCAUUCCACAAUAAAACUGUCUGGGAUCGCCUCGACAAAUCAUCGUUCAAAGCUGUCUUCAAUCAGAUCGCGUUGCGUCACACCAAGGACAAAGUUCGCGACGAACUGCGUCUCCCACCACAGAAGCGCGUUGUCAUUACUGUCCCCUUCACUGCAAUUGAAGAACAAAACUACUCCGAGAUGAUCCGUCAGAUGUGCGAUGCAUGUUGGUUGUCGCCUGAAGGAAACCCUCUGGAUGAAGAUCGGGACGUGGCCGAUCCAGAGGUGAUUGAACGCAUGCGCGAGUGGCUGGUCCGACUACGCCAGACUUGUCUACAUGCGCAUGUCGGACGCAAAAAUAGGAGAGCCCUGGGCGCUAAAAAUGGAGCCCUGCGGACUGUUCACGAAGUUCUUGAAGUCAUGAUCGAGCAGAAUGAUACAAAUACGAAAGCCGAAGCCCGUGACAUGAUCCUCCAUCAUAUCCAAAUGGGACAUGUUAAGGCUUACGCUGGUAACGUAGACAAUCGUGCAGAAACCGCUUUGCGAGUCUUUCAGGAUGCUCUGACAGAAGCACAAGCAUACGUUGCGUCUUGCAGAAGUGAACUUCUUCUUGAAAUAGAGAAAGCAGGUAACACUACCACGUCCGACAAUCUCCUAGCCGUAACAGGCGAUGAAGUCUCGGAUGGUGAAGAAGAGAUGCAAAACGACCAUACAAGCCGUCUCGCAGUCAUGCGCAAGUCACUCCGGUCGUUCUUGGAGCUUGAACAUGCUUGCACAUUCUUUAUUGGCACGACGUACCAUCAAAUGCAAUCCGCUCCACUGAUAGAGCUUGACCCCGAGGAAACGCUCCGCCUCAAUACUCUCGAACUGGAAUGGUACGCGAAGGCACAAGCAAUCCGUCGCGAGCUGCUCACAGAAUCGAAGAACAGAGCUCAGCAACAAAUGGCAAUCAUCGAAUCCACAAAGUCGGUCCAUCGGAUCCCUGAUAUCGAAGAUCUCCAAGAUUUUGGUGGCAUCGAAAGUCGGAAGUUUCUGGAUAUGAUGGACAAUAUCAGUGACUUUAUGAAUGCGCAAGCUAAACAAAUCGAGACGUGGCGAACAAAUAUCAUCGACAUCCUCUUGACGCGUUUGGUGGAUGACGAUAACGGGGAUGAGGACACAGGUGAAGAACUCGCCAAAUCAGUAGAACAACAAGAUGAGCUAUACGUCUACAUGAUGGCUUAUCGAACCCUUGUAGCGGAUAGGAGUACUGCAGUUCAUGGGUUGAAGAAUGAGCUUGUUGAUCACGAAAUUGAUUAUGCAGAGAACCAAACACGUGAGAAGGAGCCUCAGAAGAGGGGUCACGCGCCUGAACUCGUGGUUGAAGUCGCACAUGCGCGACGCAAGCUGCAGUCAAUACUCGAAGUUGGAUCAUUGAAAGGUGUUAUCUCUAGCGUUCGCUCGCUGCUCACCUCACUACAAUGGAAGGCAGACGGCGGCGACAGCCGUGCAAUAGCUGAGUUGAAUGUGGUUCAGAAACAUUUCGCUCGAAUUCAGGUCAUUACCACUGACCAGGCGAAGAUCGUUACUGCAAUGGAGAAAGAACAGGAUAUGUUCCGGACGACUAUGAACCAGCGUCUGGAAUACUAUCGACAAUUCCAACACAUCUCCGAUACCGUAGGCAAAUGGAAGGAGGAGCUCGAUGAGACAUUCGACGAACGCGAAUACGACAGAUGCAAAUUAUUGCAUAAGCGUAAGGGGGACUUGGUAGCUACUUUGAAAAAAAAGCAUGCCUACCUGGUCAACCUGCGAAGGGAGAACCGAGAGGAUAUAAAGAACGAAUGCGUCAUCUGUCAAGACGAGAUCCAGAUCGGCGUCCUGACGACCUGUGGACACAAGUACUGCAAAGAAUGCAUAAACAUUUGGUGGACUGCCCAUAGAUCCUGCCCUAUGUGCAAGCAAAAACUAGGCUCGUCAGACUUCAAGAACAUCAACUUCAAACCUAGCGAGAUCAAGGCGCAAGAAGAAAUCCAAGACUUAGCCAAUUCAUCACAAGCUUCCUCUCCAGGCUCCUCAAACUUGUCCAUAUACUCCGACAUGAGCUCCACAACAAUGAAUGAAAUCAAAAACAUCGAUCUCUCCGGUAGCUACGGCACGAAAAUCGACAUGAUCGCACGCCACCUGCUUUGGAUCCGCGCCAAUGACCCCGGCGCAAAAUCCAUCAUCUUCAGCCAAUUCGGCGACUUCCUCAGCGUCUUGCGCGAAGCGCUCAAGAAGUGGAAGAUUGGCGUCAGCGGUAUUGCGGAAAAGGAUGGCAUUCUGAGGUUCAAGAACGAUACUGCCGUGAAUUGCUUUUUACUCGAUGCCAAGUCUGACUCUUCAGGGCUCAAUCUCGUCAACGCGACAUAUGUUUUCUUGUGUGAGCCACUUAUCAAUCCUGCCAUCGAGCUACAAGCCAUCGCGCGCGUUCACCGAAUCGGUCAACAGCGCCCUACAACCGUAUUCAUGUAUCUUGUUAGUGACACAGUCGAGGAAGCCAUUUACAACAUUUCCGUCGCGCGCCGUCUUGAGCACAUGAGCAAAGCGAAGAGCACAGUAUCAGAUUCCGACACAUCAACGCCUGGACUCCAAGAAAAGUCCCUGGAUAAGGCGAAUUCGGCGGAGUUGCAGGCUGCUCCGCUUAAGCAGUUGUUGAGGACGAAGGGUGAUGGAGAGAUCGUUAAAGCGGAUGACCUUUGGCGUUGCUUGUUUGGCAAUGCGCGAGGGGAUCCAAAUAGAAGGCAGGCGUUGGAGAGAGAGAUGGGCAGACACUUGAGGGGGGAGGCGGCGGAGGGCAGGAUUGCAGAGGCGGAAGAGAGCAUUUGAGCGCUUGUUACUACAAGAGUACGGAGUUUUCUGAUGGAGUACUUGGAAAGGUGCAAUGGAAUGGUGUUUCGGGAUAGGGUUAGUAUACUCAGGUGGAGUUAUGUGUUUGGAUACCCAUACAUAUCUAUGUAUCUACGAAGACGUAUAUGAGCAAGGAGUCUGAAGGGUUUCGGGUGCAGAAAGCUUGUUAAGCUUAUCUGGAAUAUAUCCAUGGGAGUUACAUCUUUAG